AUGGGUUCCGGAUGCCCGACCCCCAACUCAAAUGGCAAAGCUCCUAUGCACGAUUCCUUUCCGGGACCCGCAAAAGAUGCUACACGGCAUAGCAGCGAGACCAGCAGCCUCGCACCCAGCGCCCCGAAUACUGUAUUAUCAAGGGUGAUCGUAUCCCACAAUGUUAUGGACAAGUCAUCGCCCGCAGAUGCAGCACCUCUAGCUUUAACAGGCUCGCCGGCUUCAGCAUCUGAGGAGUCAGCGCAAGAACCAAGCAGUCUCGGUCACCACCUCUUAGGGCGCAAUAGCGCGGUUAGCAGCCUUGUACCCCAUGCUCCAAACGCAGUUUCGCCACGAGUGAGUGCGUUCAAAAGCCCUGUGAACGAACCAUCGCUCACAAAUAUAACACACCAAGCUAAAAGAGGGUCGCCUCCUGGAACCCAAGAAUCUGCGCAACAACCAAGCAGAUCGGAACACCAUAAUAGUGGGACUAUCACUUUGUCAGACGUAGACUUGACAUUCGCAGUCGAUUGCUCCGGUAGCACCAACGGAGACGUCCUCAGAGAAGAGAAGAGCGCGAUCUAUGGUAUCUCUAAGCUGCUUUCGCAUGAAGCGCAAGCUAGAGUGGUGAUUCUACCUUGGAAUGAUGAAGCCGAGGAAGCGCUAUCACUUGAAGAAGUUGAGGACAUGUACUCCUCCGGCGGGACAGACCCUACAGUCCUUCUCCGGGACAGACAUUAUCGUCAAGCCCUACGCAACUCCUCUUUGUGGGUGCUCGUAACAGACGGCUAUAUCAGCGACGAUUUGGUCAGAGAGUUCUCUAAUACUUUGGGCGAAGCCGGCUUGCAUGGCACAGCUUCAAUUGUCAUAUGCGUAGGCAGGGCCCCAAUCCGUCCACUUGAUGGCAACAUUUCCGUCGGCAAGUCGGUUUUUGCUACAGUCCCUGACUGUUUAUUUCUGUACCACGACAUUCGGGUACGACAAGUGUAUAUGCUUCAAUGCAAGGGUCGUUUCCGAUCACUUUUACCUGAUCCAAACAGCUCGAUCGUCUUGGACGAUGACACAAAUUGGAAGGACCUGCCCAAAAUGGACUAUGAGACUCUUCGCAAUUUUGCUGUACCCCGAAAACGAAAUCUCUCCAUGGACACUGUCGUCUUGACCAGCGGCAGUACAUUCAGUCUUAGCGACGUCUACAACGACACUCUCGAAAGCUCGCUCACGAAUGAGAUAUUGAGUAACGAUGAUGAUCUGAAAACGUUGUUGAUGACAGCAUCGACAAGAGGGCGUAAGGAUGAUGUAAAGCGAUGGAUAUCCAAGAAACAAUUAAAUGCAAGCGAUCCAGUAUGGGCCCCAAGAAACGACAUCGAGCACCGUGCCUUCAGGUGUAUAGAAAAGAUGGUCCAUUCGUCUAGGGAUUUUAUCAACGAGAAUGUAGCCAACCUAAAGGACGAAUUGCGAUCGGCACAUGAAAAAAAUUGGAGCCAAUUUGCCACCACGAUGAUUGCCGAGAAGCAAGAGGCUGAACUACGUACCAUUGUGAUUGCGGAUGCUACUGCUCGUCUUCGAUUGGAUGAUGAUACACCAUCUACUCCGGGUACAUUGGGCCCAGUCUCUCCCUCUAUAUCGGGUCCAAGAUACACAGAAUCACACGUUGAAGACUAUGACCCCUUCGUUGUUGUAUCAGAAACCAAAUGUAAUCGGCGCUCGAGGACGCGCCACAAUCGUAACCCACCGGACCCUGGUGUAUUGUUCACGCAAGGUUAUAAGUACUUGGGGCACAUCAACAGCGGCGAGAACAGUGCGAGCGAGCAUUUUGAAGGUACAUGCUCCCUCUGCACAAGAUCUGGUCAGGUGAUGGCCUUGGUAUUGAAAAGACCGGAAGACGAGGAGCUUACUCCGAAUUAUCCUACGCCAGGGCAACAUGCAAAGCACAUAUUCCCUUUUGUGCUUGGGAACUAUCCGGAUGUUGACAUCGUGUCACAAGAAAUCUACUGCGAGGCGUGCACCGUUUACCUCAAACUUCAUGGGCAAUCACCUAAAGCUGCAUGUAUUGUUGGAGCCUUGCCUUUGGUACAGACACAUGGCCAUCUACAUCGUUUCAAUCUACAGUCUUGGACUGAAACAUUGAUUAGCGUGUUUGGAGGGCGUUUCCACGAGGAUAUUGUUAUCUCAGUCUUUCUUGCGGUACUCUACAAUACUCUUGAUGAUCUCACCGCGGUCGAUUCAGGAGAGAAUACGCAUCUUACCCGAGCGUUGAGAUGGGCGUGCCGCAACCUGUUGCAAUCUCUCAUAGUUUGUCGCGAUACGACCACGACCCCGCUUGGGCAGAGUCCCGCUCAGGGCUCCAGGUCGUCCGCUCCAUUGGCAGACACCAUUCCAAGGCUUCUCAAAGAUGCGAUGAACGGCAACGGUCCCUACUCAAAAUAUCCUCUUGACGGCUUUCUAGUCCUUAUCUUGGCCGCCCGAGACGUCGACAAUGAAAAUUGCGAACGUGGGACUCUACGAUGCGUAGUCUGGCUCCGGCUGAUGACGCACAUAGUCGAAGAACAUUUCGCUUUGAUGGGCACCGCCAGUAGAGAAGGGGCAAAGAACCUCCUGGCUCAGAUUGUAUACACGAAGGCUUCGGGUGUGCAACAAGCAAACAUGCACCAACCCCCCAAAACAAGGAAACCGUCCGUUCCAAUAACCGCGCUGGAGGGCACGCAUCUUCUGUCCAGCACCGAUCUACAGACAUUUCAACGCCUGGGGACUCUCUUCACAUACAUUGGCACCAAAUGUUGCCCAGCGCUUGCUGUGUUACUGCAUUACCUACUUGAGUACUCCCCCAUGUGUAAAACUUCAGGAGAGUGUUUCACGUUGCUUAAGAAGGAGGCGAAGCUGAGGAAGCUGUUCUGUGCACCUGAGGAUGUAGAUCCAUCAAGGGCGACAGCCCUCAUAGCGGACCUCGACUCGUCGCUGCAAGGGUAA